GCGCUCUCGUCCUUCUUCCUGUUAUCACUUUUACAUCUUUUCCGUGGCUUCCUAACGUUUUUUUACUUAUACUACAACUUCUCAGCAUUUUUAGUAAUACCUCGGCCUCGAACGAUACUUCAGGAGACACUCCAUCGAACAGUACCUCAACAUCCGAAAUUCCACCUUGCUUCAAAGGAUUAGAAGAGGAGUGGGCAGAGCUUAAUAAAGACGGGCAAGAAGAAUAUAUCACUCCUUUGGAGCACCUGGCCAACUAUCUUAGAAAAACGCGUCUACAAGUUGACUAUUUUGGAGAUAUCGACGACGAGGAAGAGCCAUGUAUGUCCAACGACGAGGAAGAGUCAUGUAUGUCCAACGACGAGGAAGAGUCAC